AUGCAGCCCCAGACGCAGGGCGGCGACGUGCCACAGGGCGGCGACGUGCCACAGGGCGCGCAGGACGUCCUCUGCUGCCCGCUCUGCACGAACGCGUACUUUGACGCGGCGGACGGCGCCGAGCUCCUCGCGGCCAGCCCGGCAGGUCACGGCCAGGGCGAGAGUCACGGCACGUCGGUGCACUCGCGCACGUCGGCAGACGAGCGGUCGCGCGACAAGGAGGACUGGGCGUUCUACUACGAGCGCGACAGGUACUGCGAGGGCGAGGUGCCGGUGGAGAUUGUGCAGUGCGGGCACGUGUUUGGGGCGCGGUGCCUCUUCCAGCUGCUCGUCCGGCAGGGGCCCGAGACGGACUGGUCGUGCCCGGACUGCCGUCAGCGCUUUCAGUCGUGGGGCCGCCAGCCGCGGAUGGCGCAGCGGCUGCUGGCGGCUGUCAGGGAGGAGGAGGAGCAGCCAGCGGACGACGGCAUGGUUGGGUAG